GCGGAUUUAUGUGCCGGCGGCGGGGCCGAGCCGGGCGGCAGCGGCGGCUGGCGGGGCCGGCGCGGGCACCAUGGGUGUGAUAGGUGUACAGUUGGUGGUUACCAUGGUAAUGGCUAGUGUCAUACAGAAGAUCAUACCUCACUAUUCUCUUGCUCGUUGGCUUCUCUGUAGUGGCAGCUUACGGUGGUAUCAACAUCCCACUGAAGAAGAACUGCGGAUUCUUGCAGGGAAGCAAAGAGGGAAAAGUAAAAAAGAUAGAAAAUAUAAUGGUCAUAUUGAAAACAAACCCUUAACCAUUCCAAAAGAUAUUGAUCUUCAUCUGGAAACAAAAUCUGUAACUGAAAGGGACACUAUUGCAUUGCAUUACUUUCCAGAAUAUCAGUGGUUGGUGGAUUUCACUGUUGCAGCUACAGUUGUGUAUGUGGUGACAGAAGCUUAUUACAGCAUUGUGAAGCCCUCACAAGAAAUGAAUAUCAGCAUAGUAUGGUGUCUACUUGUCUUGGCUUUUGCAGUUAAAGUACUGUUUUCAUUGACUACCCACUAUUUCAAAGUUGAGGAUGGAGGUGAAAGAUCAGUCUGUGUCACCUUUGGUUUUUUCUUCUUUGUGAAAGCAAUGGCAAUUCUCAUUGUGACAGAAAACUAUCUAGAGUUUGGAUUGGAAUCAGGAUUCUCGAAUUUCUCAGAAAGUGCUAUGCAGUUCCUUGAAAAACAAGGUUUGGAAUCGCAGGGUCCUGUGUCUAAACUAACCUUCAAAUUGUUCCUGGCUGUUCUGUGUUCACUUAUUGGUGCUUUUUUGACAUUCCCUGGCUUGCGACUGGCUCAAAUGCAUCUGGAUGCUCUGAAUUUAGCAACAGAAAAAAUAACACAAACAUUGCUACAUAUAAACUUCUUGGCACCUUUAUUUAUGGUUCUACUCUGGGUAAAACCAAUCACUAAGGACUACAUUAUGAGCCCACCUUUGGGCAAAGAGAGCAUUCCUUUAAUGUCAGAAGAUACAUUUGAUACCAUCAGAUUGUGGAUUAUAAUCCUGUUGUGUGUUUUACGGUUGGCUAUGAUGCGUCAUCAUUUACAGGCCUAUCUGAAUUUAGCCCAGAAAAGUGUGGAUCAGAUGAAAAAGGAAGCUGGUAGAAUAACUAUGGUUGAUUUACAAAAAAUGGUGGCUCGGGUAUUCUAUUAUCUCUGUGUAAUUGCACUGCAGUAUGUUGCACCAUUGGUGAUGCUUCUUCACACAACUCUGCUCUUGAAAACACUAGGUAAUUAUUCUUGGGGCAUCUACCCAGGAUUGAAUUCUGACACUCCAGUAGAAAACAGUCUGCUUCCCAAUUCUGUUUAUUCUGAGUCUCCACCUCCUGAUGGAAAGAUGAAAGUAACUGUAGUACAAUUAACAAUGGCUCUGGGAAGCCUAAAGAAUAUUUUCACUCCUCUCCUGUUCCGGGGACUCCUGUCUUUCCUCACUUGGUGGAUUGCUGCUUGCCUUUUUUCUACAAGCCUUUUUGGGCUCUUCUAUCACCAGUACCUGACUGUGGCAUGAACAAGUCAACUGACAGAACAAGUGUGAGGUCAGAGUCUAGAUACAAACCCAGGUACCCAAGAGGAGAUGAAGAGAAAAGAAAACUAUAUAUGUGAAGAGAAAACAUAUCAUAAUUAUUUUUAAACACUUCCUUGGUGUUCUCAGGGUGAAUAAUCUUAAAAUGUUUAAAAUUGCAGCUGGGUUUGUUAUUUCUGUUACCCAAAUGGUAGGUAACUAAUUCAGUUAUAGUAUUGGGACUGACUGACAUUAUUGUGUUGUAGAUGGUGGUAAGCAUGCUGAAAAGAUGUGACCUCUGAGUAUCUUGGUUUCCAUAAACAGCAAGCCAAAUUCAAAAAUUUGUUUUUUAAGCAUCAACAGUCACUGACUGAACUGCAUUCAAAAAGUACUGGACAUAGUGAUGGUAGCUGCCUAUCAAUUAAGUCUUGAAACUGAGCCAUACAAGUGAAAGGAGAAAGGGGAUUUAAAAAAAAUUCUGUUGGAUAGCUAUUGAUCACUUUUCUCCUUGGAAAAUUAAAAAAUCCAACAGGACAAAAGAGAUACUGUAUAUUACAGUAAGGAAAGAUGUAUAAAAUAUAAAUUUAACAGGAGUAGAUGUAUGUACCUGACAGAUAUUGCUGCCUACAUAUUUUGCAGAAGUGCUUGUGCAGUAAGAAGAGAGUUAGAACAAAUAUAUUAUUUCAGUCCCUGCAGUCAUUUUGAAGUAAUGGCCAUCUGUAUUGGUGCUAGUAUUGAUCCACACAUUGUGUCUGGAUCUUUUAAAUUUCUUCUUUUGAGGUAGUAGAUAAAUUCCAUUGAAUUUACAAAAGAAUAGAAAAUAAUUAGUGGCACCAGUCAAACAUUUCAAAACAAAACAGUUUAAUCCUGCUGACUGAUAGCAUAUGUAUAUGUGUAAUGUACAUAUAUAUUAUAUAUCAAAUAUAUAAUAUAUAUGAAGGUAUGAAAUAUGGAAUCUUUGUUUUAAAUUCCUGAAUGUAUUUUACAGUUCUGUGGGAGAGGGGUGUACGUGUAUCUAGUAAUUUCCAGAUUCCCUUUUGAAAUGAAACUUAAUUUCUUCCUUUUUUUCUUUCUUUCUUUUUUUUCUCAUUUUAUUUUAAUUUUUUUUGUGUUCUGUUGAAAGGGCUAUUUGGUUUUUGUGCUUCUUUAGAGGUACUUAGGUAUGCUAAAGAACUUACACUGUCUUAGAAGAAAAGAUCUACUUAACCUAUUACUCUUAAAGUUUCUGCACUGUCAGAUCAUCGUCUUUUGCCACUUUAAUUUGUGCUAACAUGACCAUAUAAUGGUAAUUAUUAUAUCUUGGCUUCAGAAAUAGAUUUUAUGUGUAAUAAAAUAGCUGUGUAAUAAGAAAAAGAGCAAAGUAUUAACUUUACAGGUUUUGUUUAACUGGAUAGAUAGAUUCCAGUCAUAAAAUUAUUUACAGUUUUUCAGCUGUUUUGUGUAUUUGCAAAACAGGAAUGGGGAUUUAUAUGCAGCAGCUUUUUUAAACAGUUAAUAUUACACUUCACAGAGGUCAGUGGGUUUUUUAGAUAAUACUAGCUCUUUUUAUGUUACUGUUCUUUUUCUCUUGAAUUUGUGUACAGCUUUGGCAUAUGAUAAGCAUUUAUAAAUGGAAAAGCUUAACUAAAUUUUUAAUAUGUAGCAAACCUAUCAUAUGGGAGAACAAACUCAAUGAAUUCAGAAAAUCAAGCUUUUAAGCUGGUUAUAAACUAUCUUGCUGUGUUGAAAGCGUUUUAAGUUAUUUAUUUGUUUAUUAAGUUGCAUUUAUUGGGGAAAGAUUUGUGUACACCAGCCUAGUACCUACUGCAUGUGUUUGGGAUGUCUGAGCACACCUUGCAUGAUGCUGCUGGUUUCACUGCAGUAUUUCAGUGUGACUGGGACUGCCAGCUUUCUUUUUUCACACCACCUUUUUGUAACUAAUAGGGACAAAGGCUUAACUGUGAAUUGGCCUAAAGAACAAUAUUUGAUCUCAUAGUUUCAAAUGUCAAGCAUUCCUAGGAAGUAUUUUUCAGGUGAAUAAUUGAAUGACAAAAUAUGGCAAGUCAAACAAUACUGGACCCACUUUUGUAUUAGUUCAAGGUACAUUAUUACUACAAAAUACAUCAUUACUAAUAGAAUUAGUAAGGCCAGCUUUUAGGUUAGAGUUAGGUGUUCAAUGCUGAUCUUUUGUUCAGAAAAAUAAAACAAUGCAAAACAGUUUGAUUCUGAUAGUGAACUUGCCUGAUGAAGCUUACUAUUUAGGAGAUGUAACCUGUUGUUGAAAUCUGAAGGAGUAAAUUUUGGAUACUUGAGAAUACUUGAAAAUAAUGUUAAGCAACAGUUUUUGCUGACAUAGUCAGUCUGAAAGCUUAUAAGCAAAAGUGAACUGUAGUUAUAUAAUAAUGCAUUCAGCAAAAGUAAUAAGGGUCAUGUAGCUGAGCUUCACAAAGCUUUUGCUAAGAGCUCAUGCUGACUUGCUGUUCAGACAUCACACUGAUCACAGUGAAAAAUAGGCACCUGGUAUUAGAAACAUGAAGAUCAGUGCUUGUAGACAUUGUGCUAUUGCAUUGUUCUACAGACGAUUGUUCUGCAGAAUUGAAUGACUGACCUCUGGUCAGCAGUGAGUGGGCGAUGGUCUUUCUUUGGAUCCAUUUAAUACUGACAUAAGUCCAGAAAGCUUAUGAAAAACUAAAAUAUGCUAAUAAAAGCCUUUGAAACAUAUGGUGACAGUGAAACCAGAGGGAGUAUAUUGCUAAGGUUGUGAGCAGUGCUUCUGACAAGUAUGUGAUGUAAUCAAAAAUGUGUUUUAAAGUAAAGUAGCAACCCUGAUAGUCCUGACUUCUAUAUAUAUUGUGUAAGGUUCAAAGGAAUAUCUACUCACUUCUGUAGUAAGUUUCUUUGAAACAGCAGCUGGCAAAUGGUUUUUUUGUUUGUGUUAUGGAGACCUUUAUCAGCAACUGGCUAUGGGGAAAAGCAUCUUGCAGAAAUGGAAAAGGAAUAAAAUAUGACUGAAAGGUUGGUAGGUGUUACUCAGGUUUCUUAAACAUUUUUUCUUGCUUUUUGCUCACUACUUAAUAAAAUCAUUGUAGAAUGGUUUGGGUUGGAAUGGAUCUAGAAUGGACCACUUUUCAUCAAACCAAGUUGCUCCAAGCCCCAUCAAACAUGGCCUUGAACACCUCCAGAGAUGGGAAGCCACAGCUUCUCUGGGUAACCUUAUCUAGUGCCUCAUCACCUUCACAGGCAAGAGUCUUCAUCCAACACCUAAUGUAAAUCUCCCCUCUUCUAGUUUAGAAGUGUUUCCCCUUGUCCUAUCACUUCCUGCCUGCGCAAAAAUUCUCUUUUUUAUAAGCCCCCUUUAAGAACUGGAAGGCCACAGUGAGAUCUCCCUUAGUUUCUGAGAGAUUUUAGAAGGAAAUGUUCCUUUGGCAAAGAAUCCAUGUCUGUUUUUUCUUAAAUUCAAUUCUCCCUUCCUGUCUUAGUGAUGCGAGUUCCAUUGUCGAUCUAUAGUGCUGUCCCUGGCUUCCCUUCUCAGAACUAAGUAGGCUAAAUUAGUUCAAGAUUGUAUUUUGACUUCUGUUUAAUUUAAAUUUUAUCUAUUUUUGAAGGAUUAGUUCCUUUUAAAUACUUCAAAUAACUUAAAAUUCCAUCUGAAACAUGAACAAACUUCUUAACAUUUGUUCAAAAUCUGCACUUUUAUUAUGUGUCUCCCUUUAGACAAAGGGUUAAGACAGCGAGAAAUCCAAGUCUUCCAGCAAGUUCAGGGAGGUCCAGACAUAACACUUGGGCUAUUUCUGAGCUAAGAGAAGUUGAUUAAGAACAGGAGAAUAGAUUAUAGAAAGCCUAUUCUUACACUUUGUAGGUGACAUUCUCAGACUGCACUUGUCCUCUUUUAAUUCCUUCUCAAGCUGUAGGUUAUGCCAGACUUUGACAUUUCGUUAGCUGUGCAGUCUUUCCCUCUUCCAGAAUUCACUUGCAUAAAGGAUCCACAGAUUAAUUUUCUGUAGGUAUCUUCUGUACAAGAGAACAUCCUUGUACAGAAGAUACUUACAGAAAAUUAAUUUCUGUUACAGUUGUUCUCCGCAUUUCGAUCACAAGUACUGCAAGGUAUUUAAACAGAGAUACAUUCUUCCCUGGAUUGUAAAGUCAAAUUUGUCUUAAGAACAAAAAUGCUACCAAGGCAUCAACACAACAUUUAGGCAGCAUAACCUCACCCUAUAGUGGCUAGCAAGUACAGAAAUUUCAGCUAACAUCCAGGGAACAAUUAGUGCUGGACUUUGUUGGAGUAACUACACCUAAGUGGUAAUAGGUAUUUUGGAUAUAUCAAAUAGAAAAUUGAACACAUCUGAUCUUAAAGCUGUUGAAAGGUUCUCCAAGGUAAAAAGCCUUAUGUGUCUUUAUUCUCAAAUAGCUGUGAUUUUCACGGAGAUAAUUUUGAUCAGUUUUGAAAUACUAUGCUUCAUGAUUUUUCUCAUGACACAUUUUGCACAUUAAUUUGUUCAACACAGCCCCUCCACACCCAGACUUAACCCCAUAGUAAAUUUUUUCACUAUAAAGAUUCUAGAUGCUUUUAGUUAAACUUUAAGAAUUGAGUGCCCAGGCAAAAUGGAGACAUUGAACGAGGCCAAAGAAAACUGUGUUCUGUUGGAGAAAUCUGUUACGCCUGAGCAAAAUCUUAAUGGAGGAAGGCAACAGCAGGUUACUUGUAUCUUAAAUCAAAUAUUAAAUGUGAAUUAUGAGUAAGACUGUUAUUUUUAGCAUCUGCAGCCUAAAUCCCAAAUGGUAAAUAAAGAGCAACAUUUUGACCUCGCUCUAAAAAGCAUCUAGGCAACAGAUGCUUAGAAGCCAGCUGUCUGAUAUAACUAAGCAGGCUGAUGCAGAUUGGUGUCUGAUAUAACUAAGCAGGCUGAUGCAGAUUGGUGUCUGAUAUAACUAAGCAGGCUGAUGCAGAUUGGUGUCUCUGCUUCAGAGUGAUUUUUGGCAACUCCUUUAGGAACACCUGCCAUGCUUUGUGGCCUGUGCAGCACACACAGUGAAGUAGAUGGCAUGUCUCAUUUGCACUCCAGAGUAUUACACUGAAAGGUCUUCCUCCUCUAGGUGAGAUCAUUAAGCCAAUAUGUCAUUUCCAGGCUGCUUUUACUGACAUCUGUAUAUGCUGCACUUAACUUUUUCCAGUCUCUCACUGUAGACUGCCAGGAGGGUAAUAUUGCACUGGAUGUUGUUUUGCAUGCCAGUGUAUAUGUAUUUUUAUACUUUUGAUUUCAGUGAUGUUUUUAAUGGAAAUUAUUUUUAAUCCUAAUACUAUGGAUCAUAGUUUCUUUUUUUAAAUUAAUAUCAGUGCCUGCAACUAGAAGCCAGAAACUUCUACACUUUUUUUUAAAGCUUGUUGUUUAGGCUGAAGUAUUAACAGGUAUGCAGUUUUAUAGCAAAGUCCAAAAUCCACCUGUAAAUACCAGAUUUUUCCAUUUAAUUACACAUCGGUCAAGAUCCCUUAGAAUUUAUACUUGCAGCAUUUUUUUCUCAACAAUAUACUAUCCAUAUAACUCUGCUAUCUAUAAAAUACACAUCUCAAAAGAACAUUGAAUAGCUUUUUAUGAACUGCUUAGUAGGAAGUCAUUAUUCUUUUAUUGUGCUGCAAUAUAUUUUUUUAAAAUCUGGCUUAAAAUUUCUAUGCUUAAAGUCAGACUUAUUCUCUUCUUCUGCUUCCCGUAUGUGUUCUAAGCUUCCAGAAUACAUAUUCACAGUAUUUUUCAUAAAAACAUAGGACAAAGAAAAAGGCACCAAAAAUUGUAUUUCAUAACUACAGUUCAUACCCAUGUCAUGAUGUACCAACAGUUUUUAUUUUUCCUAUCUUUGGUCAUUCCUUUGCUUAAUUGUUAACAUUAUGUAAGGCUUUCUAGGAGGAAUAUACAUGGGAAAAAAUUCUGUAAGAGAAGUUACAGAAAGCUGUCUAAUGUUUCAGUCUUCCCAUUUAUGUGAGCAAAUAUUAAUACAGAUAUGCUAUUAAAUAAUUUCAGCCUAAAAUUUCUCAUAAGGUAGACAUGUUACCAAUUGCACAGGGAACGUUUUUCAAGUUGUAAAUAUUUUACUUUAAAUCUUCUACUUGUCUCAUUGUUACUGGGAACACACAAAUUCAGUGUUGUUCUUCAGUUAAUCGUCUUUUUUAUUUUUGUCUUUAAGUGAAAAAGCACAUAAUACUUUCUACUCUAGAAUAAAGACCUAAGACAAAAAGGUUCCCUUCUCUUCAUUUCAGAAUUUGCCAAAUGGAAAAGACUCUGGUGUUAUAUAUGUAAAUUUUAGCUUCCUCUUACUGCUACAAUACUGUUAAAAUAUGAUUUUUAUAGUUACAGCUUUACAAGUACUAAGACUGUCAUGCUUCAUAGUGAGGGUGGUGUCAAGUGGUGUUUGCAUUAUAUGGAUCUGGUGUUGCAUUACUUGCUGUUUAAAAACAAAUUGACUCCUAUGCUUUUAAAUGUUCAUCAGGAUCUGUGAUCAGAAGAGCACAACACAGGUUGAAAAAGCUCACUUCGGGGUGUUUUUUUAGUUGUUUUGGGUUUUUUUUAGUGGUGUGGCUAAUACUUUGGUACUACUACGACAGCUAAUAAACAACCUCCAGUAAUAUUAUUUUUGUACACUGUAAAGUGCCUAAUUGUGGGUGAUUCUGGUAACCCUUGAAAUAGGGUUUGCUAUGAAAUUAUUUUUUUCAUAUAGUUUUUGGCUUACAUAAUGUCCAUGUGUGGUUUUGUGCUAUUACUGGAAACAAGUAAGAUUUUGAAGAAAUCUUUUCCAUUCCUCUUAUUUAAAUGGUAAUCUAACAAUUUUGGUCAUAUCUGACUGAUAAUUUAAAUUAACACCCCUCCCUCUGCCACCUGCCACCUCUGCAGUGUUUUCUUUAUGACUGAGGGCAAGUGUCUACAAGAUUUGAAAUGGUUUGACGUACAAAGUUUUGUAGUGACACCUGGGUAUUAAUCAGUACCCCAGGAGCAUGGGUGAUUUCAGCCAAGUGAGUAGUUCUGCUUGGACUCAGAAAGACAACACUGAAGGUCGCUGAAUCUUUAUGGAUUUGCAGCACAAAGAGUACCAAGCAUGAUACUGCUGACUGACACCAAGCUUCCAAAAGUUACACAUUGUAGAAUUUUGUAGAAUUCUGUUAAGAGUAUUCAAUAGUGAAACUACCCUUACUUUAUAGCUGCUUGUCCACCUUCAGGAAUGCAGGAGCUGAAGGUAGAACCUGACUAGUUCAACAAGGAGGUUAAAAAAGUGAGGAAACAGCAGGCCCCUGCUCCUGAGUUAAUUAUACAUUCUGCAUGUGAAGUGCUUGUAAGUUGAGAUGGUGUUGCUGAUUCAAAUCUACCAAAGGAAGCCUUCUUCUGAGGAAGGCUUGUCACAGCACGUUAAGCUUUUAGCUCUAAAAAGUGGUUAUAGGAAUCCAUACUGUAUAUGGUACACUGUUUGGGAAAACCGGGUACAGUAAGCUUGCUAGAUAUUUCCUUACACUAUUUGUAAGGAGUUACAUUGCAUUUUUUACUGUAGAGCAUUUAAAAAGCUAGUUUUGCCUUGCUCAUUUUAUAUUCAUGUGAAAAUAAUAAGAAUUGGUUUGUCAUUUAAAUGCCUAAAUUUCUUUAACAACAGUAAAUUUCACAAAACUUAAGCAAGGUUAUACUUUCUUAUUUCCUAUUCAUUUUGUUGAAAUGUUACAGUUUAAUUCCACUUUUAUAAUGCACACAUUAUUAAAAUGAAAUUUAUGUCUAUUAGUUGCUCAUGGUAAUACCACAGCAAAUCUAAGAGAAACUGUGAUAUCUGAUGUUAAUCAAGUGGCUCCUUCAACUUGCUUGCCUUUGUAAAACGUUAACCCAUAUUGGACAUACAAUGUCUAUUGCAGUAAUGUUCCUAUAGUAUUUUAGCAUCCGUACAUGUACUCUGCAUGCCUUGCACUUGUACACUGUAAAGAACUAAAAAAAUCCUUCCAUUAUUUUAUAUAGUAUUUCCCAUAUCCAUAAAAUAAGACAAUUUCUAAAGCCAAAGAUCAAUAAAUGUUUAUUGUCUACCA